UGGUGGCGGUACGUUUCAACGAGGCGCUUUUGGUCAACACUAAACGACGAGAGGAAGAACUACGACUACUAGCAUUUCUAGCUAGCUGUUUCUCUCGCUGGGUCUUUGUGCAGCCAAGAUUAGACGGUCAUCGAGACAACUUCACCAAGAAAAAUACCAGUUUUUGAAAACUACCCUAAGCGACAGCGGUUUACCUAGGUCUUACAUCCCAGAGCUUGACACCGAGCUGGUGGAGCAACACUGAAGCAUCACUGGCCACUCUGUGACCCGAGCGAAUAAUGAGCUGCAGCUGAAGAUGGGAGGUAGCGGCUCCAAAUCCAAAGGAUUUUGGCCUUUUUCUGGCUCGGGCGGCAGUGGUGAUGAACAAGCCAAAGAUGGAAAUGAGCAGACGCUGGCGAGAGUACGAAGCUUCCCGGGGGCAACACCUUUUGUGUUUACCCGACGAAGCUCUUUAUACGUGGAUGAAGAUGGCGACCUGGCCCACGAGUUCUAUGAAGAGACCAUUGUGACAAAAAAUGGGCGUAAGAAAGCCAAGCUGAGGAGGAUUCAGAAGAACUUGACACCUCAGGGAAUUAUAAAGCUGGACCACCCUUGCAUCCACGUAGACUUCCCCGUUGUCCUCUGCGAAGCCUGACGACGUCCGAGCAGCGUUCUCAAGACCCAAACACGCCAUGUCAAGCGCCGUCCCGCGGUUUAAAAAAAAAAGCUUGCAAAGCUGGAGACCGGACACUUGGAAAUAACGCAUCUCUUGAUAGUAUAUCUCUGAAGAACAGCCGUGUUCAGGACGAUGUCGUGUGAGCUGAGCAUGUGACGUGUUGUUAGCGGUCAGAACACGUCAUACGUAGAUCACCGACAGAGGAUGUAGGAUGGCCGUCAGCUUGGGUGAACAUAUUCGGUUUACAUGCUGUGUGUGUGUGUGUGUGUGUGUGCAUGUAAGUGUGCUGUUGCAAACUCCUGACUUUGAUUGCUGCAGUUUAUUUCCAGGUAUAGGAUUCGCCAAGCUCAUUGAAGGGAUCGCUAGGAAGGUUUUAGAUGCACACUUUAUUUGGAAUGUCGCCCAUCAUCCACAAUCUUAUGUGAAACAUAAACACGCGUCUUUGUCUUUUCUUUUUGUGUUUUCCCUCACCUUUCCUUUUGUUAUGCAUGGAAAAAAGGAUCAGAUGAAGUGACAAUCAGCGGCCCGCAGAUGAAAUGGAAUUGCUUGAAUGAGUUUGCCGUGCUGUCACACACUUCCGAGAGACGUCUGCACUGCAGUGAGACGUUGGUGUUUUCUUUGCUGCUGCUGCUGCUUCUGCAAAUCAUAUUUCACAUGUAAUUUAUUAUAACUGUUU